CGCCGCCGCUAGCCAGGGGCCCUCGCGAGGGGAGGAGGAAGGGAGAGUCCGAGCCUGCUGCGCCCGCCUCUCCCUCGCUUGGGUGUGUUCAAGAGGAGCCAGCAGUAAUCAUCGCCCUGAAGAAGGGGUCGGAUCUGGACCCCUCGAGUUACUUUCCGGGAGCAGUUGUCGGGCCCUCUAGGGAGGCCAGAAAGCGACUCUCUUUAAGGAGCUAACAAGCCAGAUUAUGCAGUAAAAAUCCGCCCAUGAGUCCCACAUGCAAUUUGACAACGUAAGGCCAGCUGCUGUUCCUGCUGCUGCUGCCCCGAUUGCUGCGGAGGGAAGCGCUCUUCACCCCCACCGGCUGCGGCGGUUUCCUUUACCUACCCGUGGGGCAGUCUUGCCAUGUGGGGCUAGGAUUCUCUGCAGUAUUAAGCAGUAAAUAUGGAGGCUGCUUGCAAGCCAGAUGGCGGGGAGCAGAGUCAUCCCAGCAGCGGUGUGGAGGCUCCUGGGGACGCUUCUAUGGACAGUUACUUGCGAUCUCAGGGUUUAUAUAGAAAGCGGGUUGCCAAGGAUGGAUCCUGUCUUUUCAGGGCUGUGGCCGAGCAGGUGUUACACUCACAAUCUCGGCAUAUUGAUGUUAGGAACGCUUGUAUAAAUUACAUUCGGAAAAACAGAGAAAAAUUUGAAGCGUUUAUAGAGGGGCCAUUUGAAGAGUAUUUAAAAUGUUUGGAAAACCCACAGGAGUGGGUUGGACAAGUGGAAAUAAGUGCCCUUUCUCUUAUGUACAAGAAGGAUUUUAUAAUAUAUCAGGAACCAAAUGCUUCUCCUUCACGUGUAACUGAAAAUGACUUUCCUGACAAGGUACUACUGUGUUUUUCAAAUGGAAAUCACUAUGAUAUCGUUUAUCCUAUAGAGUAUACAGAAAGAGCUGCUUUGUGCCAAUCUCUUCUUUAUGAAUUGCUGUAUGAAAAAGUGUUUUGUACUGAUGUGAAUAAAAUCCUAGUGGAACUAGGUGUGACAGAGGAAAAUAAUGGUAGCAGUGAAGUGUCUGAUUCAGAUUCAGAAGACGACAACUGCAAAAGUAAAACUGCUGCAGUUAAUGAUAUGAAUGGAUUAAAGUCUCUUUCUGGCAACAAGCACCUUAAGAACAAUGGAAAUCCCACCUUAUUUUUGCCUAGAAAAGUACUUCAGUCACUCAAUCCGUCAGUUUACAGAAAUGUUGAAUAUGAAGUUUGGCUAAAGUCAAAACAGGAUCAGCAAAAACGGGAUUUUUCCAUUGCUGCUGGCAUGCAAUAUUCAGUUGGAGAUAAAUGUAAAGUGCGCUUAGACCACAAUGGGAAAUUUUAUAAUGCCCAUAUCCAAGAGGUUCGCUCUGAGAAUGGGCCAGUUAUUGUUUUUGUAGAAGAGCUUGGAGAAAAGCAUGCUGUCUCACUGAAAAGCCUUAAACCACUUCCACAGGCAUCUCCUAUGGAGGGCUGGAAUACUGUGUCAGGGAAGAAGAUAAAAAAGUUCUCUACAGCAUGUGGGCAAAAUAUUCAGCCUGAGGCAGACUGCAGAGGGCCAAAGAAUCAAAGCAAGCCAAUAAAAACCCAGUCAGUGCUACCUCCUCGACAACAGUAUGCUGUGGGAACCAGACUACAUCAGUUCUCACAGUCUCAGCAGACAUCUACUGAGCACAAAACUCCGGGCAGGAAUCCCUCCCAGUCUGUAAGAAAACCAGACUGGGAGAGAGCUGAAGAUCUGGACUACAUUAGCAGAGAUUGUAACUACUUUGGCCUGUCUCCAGAGGAACGCAGAGAGAAGCAGGCCAUAGAAGAAUCUCGCUCACUUUAUGAGAUUCAGCAAAGGGAUGAACAAGCUUUUCCUACUCUUUCUAACCAUUUAGUUUGUCAGGCUGCUACGCAGACUGCUGAUACUUGCGUAAAGCUCCAAGCUGUUACUGAGAAAAGAAACAGCAGGUGGAAGGGAAAUAUGGAAGAGCGAAAGGAUAAAGGUAGUGUAAAAGAAAAUGUUUUCUGGACUAAGCAUUAUUAGCUUUUAUAUUAAGUAACCAAGUCUGGGAUUUUCAAAGCUGGGGAUGUGCCUAUAUGUGGAUUUAUGCAUCUGACUGGGUACAUGAGGGUAAGUUUUUUGUGACAGUGGUCAAGUGCAAUGUAGUUGUAUGCUUUGGGGAGAAGGUGCUUGUUUUCUUGAUUUAUGGGUGUGGUCUUUGGGUCAAACAACUUUAUAGGAAUUUUCAAAUUAUGUGGGAGGGCACACAACAGGAGCUAAAUGCUGAAAAGCUAGGUCUUCUGAUCCACAUCAAAGUAAUUAGGUGCCGGCUCAUACUGAAAUUAGUGCCAGAUUAGCAUUGCAGAAACUGCUGAUUGAGAAAUGCCAGAGAUACUUGCUCAAGUGGAAAGAGGGUUCAUCUAAGAAAAAGCAAGUAAAAGGGGUUGGUGCCUAAAGUGACUUUAUCUAAUAAAAUUGUAAGGGCAGGGAAAGAAAUCGGAAGAAAAGUGUGUGAGUGAGAGAUUUAAUUUAAAAGUAUGUUUGCAAUUCAGUAGUGCUGGAGAAGGGUGAGAGGUGUGAGAUUUCCUUCUCCCAUAUUCCUCACAAUUCUUUGCAUAUUUGUAAGGUAACUCCUGGAGGAAAGAUAGGGUAACUAAGCUCUCCUACUUCUGGUGGGAUUCAUUUUGUGGUGGCGAUGGGGAAGAAGGUUGCAGUUGUCUAGUGGGAGAGCAGGCAAUUGUUGCGUCAACACAAAAUGCAUCUGCCAAUCUGCUUUCUGCCUGUCAGUCUUUUCCCUGCUUACCUCUUCUUUACUGCAUCAUGUUGAAGAUCCUUGGUCUUGCCUUCAAGGAUCUAUCCUUCCCCAUGUACCUAUUUUUGCCUCUUUUCACCUCUGUCCCCUUUUCUCCUCUGCUCUGAUAAAGACAAAUAGGCAUUGAAGCGCCUACAUCUGAUUCACAUUUUUUGAAAGUCCCUGCAUCAGGCAGAGCAGGGACCUGAACUUAGGUCUCCCACAUCCAAGGUGAGUGACCUAACCACUGGACUGUUGGCUUUUCUAAGCUGAGUUGGUCUCUCUUUUUUGUGAAAAUUUUCAUAAGGUCUCACUUUCAUCCCAAUGCAGAAUGAAAACAGAUUGAAACCUUGAAAAUGUUUGUGAAACAGAAAUUUUGUUUUCCGGCCAGCCCUACUUAUUUUGGCUUAUUCUGCUUUCCACGUUUAUGCUAUUUUGAAGUAACGUAUAAUUGAGCUGAAGUAGAAAGGUCAUGAUAAAUCUGAAGAUUUAACUUUGGAAAGACAACUUGUUAUAUUGACUGAAGUUGUGACUAUUAUAAAUGAUUUGAUGCUUCAUUUACAAUGUUAUAUCUUUUGGUAUUACAGAUUCAAAUUCCAGGCAGGUCCACUUCAGUCAGAAGUU